AUGUUCAUCUUCUCCUUAAAGGCUACAGAGUGUCUGGAGAAGGCCCUUCAAGGGAUCGGUGGUAUUUUUGUUGAAAACAAUAAAUUCUGCGUAUCAGUCCAUUUCAGAAAUGUUGAUCAGAAGGACUGGGACCUCGUCGAAGCCACCGUCAAGACCGUCUUGAGGGACUUUCCUGCUCUGAGACUCGACACGGGUAAAAUGGUCUGGGAGUUCCGGUCAAAGGAAGUGUUCACGAAGGGGGAUGCGGUGGAGUAUCUGUUCAACCAUCUUCUUGAAGAUCUGAAAACGGACAGGUCACGGGUGCUCGCCAUCCACAUCGGUGAUGACAAGACCGACGAGGACGCGUUCAAGAUGCUAGGUGAGAAAGGCUACGGAUUUGGCAUCCUCGUCACGACGGAGCCCAAGCCCACUAGAGCCCUCUACUCACUUGAAGACCCUUCUGAGGUCAUGGAGUUUCUUGAAAAGCUAGUCACAUGGAAAGAAGAAGAGGACGGGAUUACUGAGCUGCCCUGA